CUUUCGUUCGUCGUUGACCAAUACAAGUUAUGGAAAUUUAAAUAUUUACUUUAGUCAACCAAUAGCUUACAGUCAUAUUCAAGUUAAACAAAAGUGGACAUUAUAUUAUGCCACGUACUUUUGAGUUACAUAUUAAAACGAGAGGCUUAAACGCUUCUCGCGUUUGAAGUUUAUUAUUUGAAUUAUGUUAAUAAAGGUAUAUUUAUAAAAAAUUGAACAGGCGAUAAAAAUUAUUCAAAAUGGGUAUGCAAACGCAUAUCGCUCAGGACCGGAAUAUGUCUGAAUAUCUUUACAAUUCCGAUAUACUGCAGAAGUUGGAUUUCAGUAAGAGUCCAGCUGUUUUCAAACCAAAAAUAAGUGCCGCAAACCCUGGUGCGGAAUGGAUGGUUGUGAGACCGUUACAGCGAGCGGAUUUUGAUAAAGGCUUCUUGCAGUUGCUCAACCAACUGACAAGUACUGGAAACAUCACAAGGAAACAGUUUGAUGAACGAUUCACACAAAUGAAGAUGUCGGGUGGCUACUAUGUUACGGUGAUUGAGGACACGCGUUCAUCAAAGAUCAUAGGAGCUGCUACACUGACAGUGGAACAGAAAUUUAUUCAUAACUGCUCACUUCGUGGACGCUUAGAAGAUGUUGUAGUAAAUGAUACAUAUAGAGGCCAACAAUUAGGCAAAUUAAUAGUAGUGACAGUAUCACUACUGGCCCAGGAGUUGGGAUGUUACAAAAUGUCACUUGACUGCAAGGACAAGCUGAUCAAGUUCUAUGAGACACUCGGGUACAAGCUCGAGCCUGGAAACUCUAACGCCAUGAACAUGAGAUUUGAUGAUCCCUCCUGACAAUUAGCCGCUGGGGCGUCUGACCUGCGCUCUAAACUAUAUUUGUCUUCGAAUGAUACGGAAUAAUAAAUGGAACGAAACACGACAAUUGCAUCAAUCUUGAUAUAAUCAGUUUGAUAAGAUGAUUGGAUAUAAUCAAUGAUAAAUAAUCGCUUUUGAUAUGUUCAAUGAUGAAUUAUUAUUUAAUAAAUUUUUGUAAUAUUAUAAAGAGGUUUUACUUCUGAAGACGAUUUAAUGUCAAGUUUUUAAUUCGCUAGCGUUGAUUUUGACAAUAAAUUGGUGUUAUUCUUUCAUAAGAAAUUUUUACUUUAAUCAAGAAGGGAGAUUACGAAAAAACUUUUAACCUUAACUUACCUUAAGUAUUCAUAAGCACAAUAAUCCGUUCACUUUGCAUCAAAACGUUAAGGCUGUUAUUUCAGAUCAGAUUCAAUGUCCGUGUAUUAAAGUCUUUGAAAUUGUCUAGUUUUUUUUUAUUGUUUUGUAUAAAAUGGAAUUGUUAGUGCAACUUUUCGCGAGUGCGCGAAGACUUUUUGUUUCAUCGUAAGGCAUUCUCAUUUACAAUGGAAAGGGAGCGAGCGAAUCGUAAAAGAAUUUGAAUCCCCUUGAGCUAUCAAAUAUCUAUAUAGUUACAUAAAAAGGUCAAAUAAAGAAGUAGGGUCCGAUGUUUUAAAGCUAGAUAAAUGUUUUUUUUAAAAAUCGAUAUUGAUAAAUAUGUAAAAGUACUGGCCUGUUGUAAAUGACAUACAACAAUGAUUGCAAAUAUAAAAGAAUGAUUUUAAAUUGUAACGGAAAACUCAAAUCGCUCGCUAUAAAUGGUUGAGCGAUUGGUUGGAAAUGAUAGCUUUUGCUUUCUUACGGUUCAAACGCACUUGUGAUUACCACGGCUUCCAACCAAUACCAUUAGCGAUAAAAUGGUGAAAAUCAAAUAGGCACAAAAUACUUAGUCUUAUAGCCAGUCCAAUUAUAGAGGUCAGUGACAUUGAUCCACCAAUCAUAAAACUCUUUCCAAUACUUACCUUUAUUACCCGCUCCCAAUGUUAGUGCUUGAAAUAUUGAUGUCAAAAGACAUUAAUCAAAUUUAUAAAAUGGCGGCAAAAACGACGACGCCA